CUCACACACCUUUAGGCUCGUGAAAAAAACCCUACUCUCCUCUCCUCUUCUUCCCCUUCCAAAUAUUACGCCGGCGGCGAAGCCAAAACUCUUUUAAGGCUAACAGAGAGGAUCGUGAGCAUGGCGGAAGGAGCUAACAACGGGACGAGGCGCCCAAGGCCGAACCUACUAAUCACGGGGACUCCCGGUACCGGUAAAUCGACGACGGCUUCUGCUCUGGCGGAGGCCACGAACUUCCGUUACAUCUGCGUCGGAGAUCUGGUCAAAGAGAAGAACUUGCACGAUGGUUGGGACGAUCAGUUCGAGUGCCACGUCAUUAACGAAGACCUGGUGUGUGAUGAGCUUGAAGAUGUAAUGGAAGGAGGAGGUGUCAUUGUAGAUUACCACGGCUGUGACUUCUUUCCCGAGCGUUGGUUUGAUCGUGUUGUCGUCCUUCAAACUGAGAACUCUGUCUUGUAUGAUCGUUUAACCAAGAGGGGUUAUUCGGGAACCAAGCUUACUAACAACAUCGAGUGCGAGAUCUUCCAAGUCCUGCUCGAAGAAGCUAGAGAUAGUUACCAAGAGGAGAUUGUCAUCGCGCUGCAAAGUGACACAAUCGAAGAUAUCUCUGACAAUGUCGCAAGUUUGACGGAAUGGAUUACCACAUGGCAUUGGCACUGGCAGCCCUGAGAAAUGUUGAUGACAAUGCAUCUUUAAUAUUUUACAAGCUUCGGCUUUUACUAGUUUCUUUUGAUGGGUUCUGUGUCGGCCACGCUUGCAAUUUGUAUACUAAUAUUCUGAAAGACAAUGCAGCUGCCUUUGAUUAAAAGAAAGCUUAUGUUAUCUUCCCCCAUCAUGUUGUAAUGUUCAGAGUGACAUAUGUUGUAUGGUAUUAGUCACUAGUACGUAACUCAGUUUAAUCA